AUGCUCUUCCUCUCCCUCCUCCCAGCCCUCCUCCUCCCCCUAGCUUACGCCCUUCCCCAGCCCACCACCGACAAACCCUCUCCAUCUGCUAGCAACGCACCCGCCGCCGUCGAGUUUGCACCGGAGGGUUUUGGCAAGAGGCAAGACUCGACCGCUGAAUCCGCGCCUGAAGGUUUUGGCAAGAGGCAAGACUCCACUGCCGAAUCCACGCCUGAAGGUUUUGGCAAGAGGCAAGACUCGCAGUACUCCAACAUCAAGUUUCUCUCCACUUUUCCUGACAACUUGUCGGCGAAGGAGACUAUCAGUUUGAAGUGGGAAGGAGGUGAUGGAUUAUACAAUUUGUAUGAGAGGGUUGGGUAUCCUGGGGAAGAGGCUAGUGUCAGCGCUGGCCAGAAGAUCUUGGUGAAUUCCACCCUCACCGAGUUGAACUACACGAUUGGAAACUAUCCUGUCAAUUCGUCCAUCGUCUUUGGCGUGAAGGAGCAUACCCAGAACUUGUCAAUCACCGUCGGACAGGAGCAGUCCAGGGUGAUCCCUAUCGUCUGA